AUGCGCCCACCUAACCACGCCCUGCCCAUCGACCGCAAAAUCCCCAGCAGUCUGCCACCGACUCCCGCUCUCCGUCGGCCGAUUCCAGAUCCCCUCGCUCCAACCCAACGACACCACCGACGCGAUCGUCGACGGACUCAAAACAUGCCACGUCGACGAGACGCCCAGUCCCCAGGCCGCAUAGACCUCGCGCUCCUCGUCCACGACAAGCCGGAUCGGGUUCUGCUCGCUAGGACGCAGAGGGUGGUUCUGAUCUGUGAUUAA